AUGUACUAUAGAUAUAUGAUAGUAGCUAUUUUAUUAUUAUUGUUGGGGGUGUUAGGAAUUGUGCUGAAUAGAGGACAUCUUAUAAUUAUGUUAAUGUCAAUAGAAUUAAUUUUGUUAGCUGCCUCUUUUCUAUUUUUAAUUAAUUCUAUUGUUACAGAUGCUCUAAUCGAACAAGUUUUUACAAUUAUGUUAUUGACGGUCGCCGCGGCGGAGUCUUCUAUUGGGCUGGCAAUUAUGGUGGCCUAUUAUCGAAUAAAAGGAACGAUCGCUAUCAAAUCUCUUAAUUGACUUAGAGGUUAA